AUUUAACAACAUGGAGUGUAAUAUCGAUGAUUUACCAGACGUUGUAUUAGAAUAUAUUUUAAGUCUAAUUCCACCAUAUAAGACUCUUCAAGAAUGUAAACUUGUAUCUAAAAGAUGGUUCCGUGCCACCAAAAAUGUAAUACAACAUAAUAAAACACAUUUUCACAAAUCUGUGGCUUGCGGAUCGUUGCUUUGGCGUUCAUGGCCUUCUAAACACUGGAUGCCUACAAUUGCAAAGAGGCAUUCACAUUCUGCUUGUACAUAUGAAAAUUCUAUGUAUGUCUUUGGUGGGUGUACUGCUACAUGCACAACAUUCAAUGAUUUGUGGAGAUUGGACUUAGAUACAAGAAAAUGGGUCAGAUUAAUUACUAUGGGGGCUUAUCCGUCACCUAAAGCUUGUGCCACCAUGUUGUAUUAUAAAAAAAGUUUCAUUUUAUUUGGUGGAUGGUCUCAUCCAGCGCUAUAUUCUGUGCACCAGCAAUCAAGAUUAUUCAAUGAAUUGCAUGUGUAUUCUAUAGAAUCCAAUAAAUGGAUUGCCAUAAACACUUUGGAAACACCUCCACCAACUUCAGCACAUUCUGCAUCAAUCCACAAAAACUAUAUGAUUGUUUUUGGCGGCAUAUGCAAUGGAUAUAGAUCCAAUGACGUAUGGUGUUUAAAUUUGGAUUCCUAUAGUUGGCAUAAGCAAGCUACUUCAAAUGUGAAGCCACAACCACGUUAUGGUCAGUCUCAAAUAGAACUUGGAGAUAAGCAUCUUCUUAUUUUAGGAGGUUGCACUGGACCUAAUGUUGCUAUGAAUGAUGCUUGGUUAUUAAAAAUGGAAGGUAUAGCAUGGACAUGGAAAAAAGUAAAUAUGCACAAUACUGAAUGGGCUCCAACACGUAUUUGGUGCCAUCAAGCUUGUAAGGUAGGAAAUUACGUCAUUGUUCUUAGUGUAAAUAAAUGUCAAAAUAAGCCGAACGAUAUGAGUAUCUCGCUCAAGAAAGUCACUUGCCCAGCAGCGCCUUCAUCAAGAACAAAUAAUUCAUCUCCGUUACAUGCAAGGCAAGGGAAUGUAUCUCAUAUUGAUAGAGACGUAAAUAUUAAUGGACGUCAUGGAUCUUUUUCAGAAAUAUCCAUACCAAAUCCACGUCCUUCGCAUCAUCCACCUAAUUUUACAAAAAAUCUAACAUUAUGUUAUGAUAAUAUGUUAAGUAUGACUGCUUUUCGUAAUGAACCAGUGCGUUACGACAUUAAUAGUCAUCGACAACGGCAAUUAGAAUCUCUACGUAGAAUGGAAGAAAGCAUUAGAAAUCGAAGAACACAAUCAAAAUCUGCAAAAAAAAAGAGAAACACAUUGUCCAUAUUUGUGUUGGACAUUACGAAUGUUUUAUGUGAUGAAUGUAGCGCAUCGUGGAUUCCUUUAAAACAUAAUGACCAGUCAGGUCCUAACGAAAGAAUUCUUUAUUCACUCGUAGCUGGUCGUGGUGAAUUAAUAGUAUUUGGAGGUAUUGGUAAAGAACAAGCGUCUAUACAAAGUCAUUCUGAUAUGGAUGAACCUGAAGUCUACAAUGAUCUCUAUUUUAUAAAUCCACCAAGAUAUGUUAUUUAAUAUCUUAUAGUAAUAAAUAAUAUACUUUUAUGUUCGAUGAAAGAUAGUUUAAUUUUGUUAGUUUUAGCUUUAAUCUUCUCAUAAAUUAUUACUUACUAAAAAUUCGUUUAAAUGAUAUAAUUAAAAAACUAGUAAGCUCGUAAAUAGCUCUAAAACAUUGGUUUGAAAAGUGAAUUUUUUUGCUGAAAGCACCAAUUGUUAGUUGUACUAAUAAUGUAUAUCAGUUAUAAAUCUUAUAUUUUAUUAUGAAUUUUAUUAUUUACAUAUUUUUCGAGCAUUGUAAUUUAUGUAUUCCUUAAUCAUCUUCACCGUCAGCUGUUUUUAAACUACCAAACACUUGUGAUGGAAUAGUUUGUUUUUCAAUAGGUAUAUCUGAAAGUAACACGAAUAAGAAGGUAUAUAAAAUACGUGUCAUCAUUAAAAUUGUCCAAAACAAUUUAUAAACACAUUAUAAAUACAUUACACGCAAUGAAGUGUAAUAAAAAUUUUGGUGUGUUA